GGCCUUUAAAGUGACUGUGUUUGACAGAUCCGGUAGUAGCGAAUACACGGAUCUAAAGUCUGUCAGUCUGUCAUUGUGGAUUUUUCUUGUAUUAUGUUUUAUAAUAAUGUCUCCUGCAAACGCCGCAAUGCAAGACGAGACUGAUACAGAGUGACAGGCUUGUACUGUGUAUAAAGGCAGAUGACGUAACGCUACAGACCUCUGGGAACUGGUCUUGGUGGCCCUCUUGGAGACCCACAUCCAUGUCAUUAUUAAAAAGUGCAGAGGCUAAAAUUCUUGCCUGUAUCCAGAAUGACGUCUGGUCCAGAUUUGUGACGUUGCCAAAUCAAAACAGAAUAUGGACCCUUAAAGUCACCAAUAAAUCAGCACGCAAACAUAAAGACCAAGGCGCUCAGACGCCCCUAGUGAUGGUCCACGGGUUUGGAGGGGGCGUUGGCCUCUGGAUCCAUAACCUGGACGCUUUAAGUCGUUCUCGACCUGUCUACGCAUUUGACCUGCUGGGCUUUGGUCGCAGCUCUCGCCCAUCGUUCCCGUCUGAUGCUUCAUUGGCUGAAGAGCAGUUUGUUACUUCCAUAGAGCAGUGGAGACAAUCAAUGGGCCUGGAGCGCAUGAUCCUAUUGGGCCACAGCUUGGGAGGUUAUCUAGCAACAUCCUAUACAAUCCAAUAUCCAGAAAGAGUCAGUCACCUCAUCCUGGUGGACGCGUGGGGUUUCCCUGAGCGAGCCCAGCCUCAGAUACAGGGGUCAGAAGGUCAAGGGUCAGAGGUUAAAAGGGUCUCACCACCUCGCUGGGUAAAAGCUCUGGUAUCAGUGUUCAGCCUCUUCAACCCGCUGGCCGUCAUCAGAGCAGCCGGACCCUGGGGUCCAGGGCUGGUGAACAGGUUUCGUCCCGACUUCAAGAGAAAAUUUGAGGAUCUGUUUGAUGAUGACACCAUGACACAGUAUAUUUACCACUGUAACGCCCAGAACCCAAGCGGUGAGGUGGGUUUCAAAGCGAUGUCUGAGUCUCUCGGCUGGGCCAAGAGGCCGAUGGUUCAGCGUGUUCAUUUACUGCCACCGUCGAUGCCCGUCAGCAUGCUAUACGGCGCGCUGUCCUGGGUGGACGCGUCCACUGGAAACAAAGUCAUUCAGAUCAGAGACAAAAGCCCCACUACUGUCACGCUGAUCGAAGAUGCUUCCCAUAACGUGUACGCCGACCAGCCGGAAGAGUUCAACCGAGUGGUUGAGAAUAUCUGUAAUACAGUAGACUAAAUAUGACGCACAAUGGUUUGUGGGUGUGGGCAUAUCUAUUUUUGAAAGAGGUCUGUCCCCAAUUUGUGAAAUCAGAUUUAUAGAAACAUAUGCUUCGUAUUCUUAUUUUACUAUUUGUGGCCUUAAAUGUGAAAAGGCUCUGUGAUUGUACUGCAGGAUUUAAUGGAAACUGGUUGUAUUUGUAUUUUCUAACCUAUAUUUUAUUCAGAUUCCUUUUCAAUCAUGCACUGAAAAAAUCAUACUACAUGUUAAACCUGUGUCUUGAAUGCACUGACAAUGUUUGAACAGUCAUAUUGACUAAAAUAAGAUUCAUUUAGCAUUAUAAACAAUUGUCUGUUUUUAUAAUGUGCGUAUCUCAAUACAUUGCUGUACCUUUAAUAAGAGGU